UUUAGCAUUACUCCUCAUUUUCCAGCCAUUCUGUGUGUUCGAUCUCUUAUAUAUGAGGCAACUUGAAGUUACCUGCAUUCAUUCUCUGCAUUUGUAUAUCAAGAUCAAGUACUUAAUUCGAGGAAGCCACUUUAUAUCUCUCUGCUUGUAGUACUUGAUCUCAAGUAUCUUAUGGCUACAUUUCUUGCUUCCUCAUCUCCUUUGGCCACCCUUCAUUGCACUCCCAAUAUGAGAAGCAUCAAUUUCCAAUGCAACAGUACCCCACGGACCAUUGGCGUCCCCAUGAUUGGAGGACUGAGACUGGUGCCAAAAAUAAAAAUCACAGAGGCAGCUAGAAAAUCAUCUCGUCUUCCUAGUUGCCCCAAGACUACAAUAAUCUCAUGCUCCAUUGCUCAACCGGAAACGGUGCAAACUGUCCAAGGCAUCAUAGCAAAGCAACUCUCUAUUGAUGAAUCUACUGUUACUCCCCAAACCAAGUUUGCCGAUUUGGGUGCUGAUUCACUUGACACUGUCGAAAUCAUGAUGGCUUUGGAAGAGAAAUUUAACGUGUCGAUUGGAGAAGGGGGUGCGGAGAAUAUCUCAACAGUUCAAGAGGCUGCUGAUCUGAUUGAGAAAGUAAAGGCGGCCGCAGCUUAGUCUAAACUUAAUUCCUUCAAAUAUUAAUUCUGAUCAAGAGUCGAUCGAUGUGAUGAAUUAAGGAAAUUCUAAUUCGUUUUUGUUUUUCAUGAUUUCUCACCCUACGUUUAUCAGGUUUUCUAUGAACUUUCCUAAUUCUGUGACAAAAAGUCACAUGCAUUUAACUGAUAAUAAUAAUAAUUUCUGCUGGAAUCCCCAUGCAAAAGCAGUUCCUCGA